AUGUUUUCGGCUGGGCAACGGGCCGUCAAAGAUCAGUUCCCCGCAUCAGCAACGCUCGCCUUUCCCAAUCUUGAGUGGCACAAACUCGCAUCCCCGACAGAGCAUCCCGCCUUCACCUACUACGGAUUUCAACCGAGCAAGACCAUUCUUCCCACAUGCCAUGUCCGACUUCCAGGCCUUCAGGCCUUCCUUGCAGAUGUGAUCUAUGAUAGAGACUACCCACUAUUGACCGGCACGGGCCCUCAGAGCUACGACAGCAUGGCGCCUUUCCUUGUUGGUCUAGAGAAGAGUCGCACGUCUGGCUACGAGAAAUUUGAGUACCCUGACCCUGCUGAAUGGGCUUUACGCGGCUACGCCAUCGUUAAUUUGGACGCACGAGGUUGCGAUGACUCGGAGGGUAAUAUCUCUUUCUGGGGGCAGCAAGAGGCAGAAGACAUCUAUGACACUAUUGACUGGCUUUCGAAGCGCCGUAGUCGUGAUUUGGUUCUUCGGGGUGGGCGAGCACACAAUGAAAAGUUCCACUCGAUGAUCCUCACAGGUUUUGCCGGCCACGGGUCGGCGGAGAAUAUGCCCGCCAUGAUUCGCAAGCGUCCCUUUUACGAUGACUACUGGCAGAGCAAGUGCAAUCAUCCGGAACGUAUCAAAGAUGUACCGCCGUAUGUCCUUGCGUCAGACUUUUCCAUGUUGCAUACACGGGGUUCCUUCCAGACUUUCCGCGCAGCCAGACCGCGCAUGGUUGAGGAUCUGGCACAAUACUUUGUUCGUUAUCUAAAAGGUAUCGAGAAUAAUUUGGAGAGUACACCGCCACUCCGACUCUUGUUGCUUGGAUUUGAGAAUAGUGCCGUACAGACAAUACGAGAACGUCCUGAGCAAGAAUACUCAUUAGCACGGCAAGAGUUGAAGAAGUUCUAUCUCAACCAAGCCGUCGAGACACUGCAACCAGAUCAGCUGAUUGACGCAUCAUUCGUAGCGCAUGCUGGGCGCGCCCUGGAAGCCAGCCCACCGGAUUCCCGCGCGUUCACCUCUGGAUGUCUUGCCCGGGAUCACAACGACAUGGAUGUCGCUGUCCAGAUUCGUAAGGUCAACAAAAACGGCAUGCUUCUUGCGCACCUCAACUACCCGUGUCCGGUGCCAGUGACGGAAGUGCCGAACGUGAAUACGGUCAAAACCCUUGGGCCUUCGGCUUCCUGCGCGCAUCGAACGCAGUCAACUCACGAUGAGGUCUGUUCGACCGCAGAAGAGUUUGUGUACCGACACGACCGACAUGAGCCCGUCGCGCCACAGACCAUUGUGCCCCUUGAAAUCAGCCUCUGGCCGAUGGGGAUGGUCUUCGGGCCUGGAGAGGGAAUCAUGCUCCGUGUGUCAGUCCACGAUAUGUGUCUUCCAAAGGUAGGUUCCAUGCGACCGGCGGAGCCGGAUGAUGAGAACAAAGGUAAACACCAGGUUUACAGGGGAGGCUUUAUCCACUUGUCCCGUACCUGA